AAAAUGCUCGACAGUAAUCAUCAAUCAAACAAUCUAAACAAUCCGAGCUUAUAAUUUGUGCAUCAUGUUAAAUAGCAAUUCUUGCUUUAAUAUGUGCGAAAUAUAUGCAUUGAUUUUAGUUUGUGUGCUCCAAGAUACUUACACAAUGUUUGUCGAAAAGACAUGGGCAAUGAAUGGAAAAGAAUAAUUAUUAUAAGCAUUAAAUGACAAAAAGUUUUUUUAAAAUAAUGUGAAAGCGUAAUUUCUAUAAACUGUUUCAGAUCUUGUUUAUAUGUCACAGUCUUAAACUUAUUUAUGUGAAACAUGCAAUCAGAGUUUUUCAUAGAAAAGUCAUCGAACUGACCACAAUAAUGGUUGACUGGUUUAAAAUCCAACUCUUAUAAUAUAUGUAACAUGAGUUUUCACCAAAAUUAAUAUGCCUGAAUACUGUCGUGUUGAUAUUAGUGAAAAACCUUUCUCUUUUAUUAUAUGUAGUAGGAGUUUUUCUUUUUCAAUAGCGAUCUAACUAAGCAUAGUACUUUUCAUGCUGGUGUAAAGCCUCAUUCUUGUUGUACAUGUAACAAGAGUUUUUCAUAUAUUAGUUACAGGACUUACACUUAACACAGUUCAUGUUCACACUGGGAUGUAACAUUAUUUUUGUUGUAUAUGCUAUGAGAAUUUUUCAUGCAACAGUAAUCUGACAAAACACAGCUGAUGUUCAUACUAAUGAAAAACCUGAUUCUCAUAGUAAUAAGAGCUUUUCAUCAAAGAGUGAUCUGAUUAAGUAUAGUUGCGUUCAUACUAUUGUGAAGUCUUAUUCGUGUAGUAUAUGUAACAAGAGUUUUUCAUAAAGAAUUCGUCUGAGUAUACACAAUCCUGUUCACACUGGUGAGGGAUUUUUACCCUGUAGUUUAUGUUAUAAGAGUUUUCCCCAUAGAAGUAAUCUGACUACACAUAGUUAUGUUCAUACUGGGGAGAAACCUGAUACUUGUAGUUUAUGUAAUAAGAGUUUUUCACAAAAAAGUCAUCUAACUGAACACAGUCGUGUUCACACUGGUGAGAAACUUUAUUCUAGUAUGUAACAAGAUUUUUUGCAAAUCAGUCGUCUGACCAAACACAGUCAUGUUCACACUGGUGAGAAACCUUAUUCUUGUUGUUUAUUAAUAUGAGUUUUUCAGAAAAAAAUCACGUAACUGAACACAGUCGUGUUCACACUGGUGAGAAACCUUAUUCUUGUAGUUUAUGUAAUCAGAGUUUUCGCUGUAGAAGUAAUCUAACUACACACAGUUAUGUUCAUACUGGUGAGAAACCUUAUUCUUGUAGCAUAUGCAACCAGAGGUUUUCGCAAAAAAGUAUUCUAAUUUACCACAAUCGUGUUCACACUGGUGAAAAACCUUAUUCUUGUAGUAUAUGCAACAAGAGUUUUUCACAAAAUAGUGAUCUGACUAAACACAGUCGUGUUCACUCUGGUGAGAAACCUUAUUCUUGUAGUAUUUGCAACAAAAGUUUUUCUCGAAAAAGUACUCUAACUGACCACUAUCAUGUUCACACUGGUGAGAAACCUUAUUCUUGUAGUAUAUGCAACAAGAGUUUUUCAAAAAAUAGUGAUCUGACUAAACACAGUCGUGUUCACUCUGGUGAGAAACCUUAUUCUUGUAGUAUAUGCAACAAGAAUUUUUCGCGAAAAAGUUAUCUGACUAAACACAGUCGUGUUCACAGUGGUGAGAAACCUUAUUCUUGUAGUUUAUGUAAUCAGAGUUUUCGCUGUAGAAGUAAUCUGACUACACACAGUUAUGUUCAUACUGGCGAGAAACCUUAUUCUUGUAGCACAUGCAACCAGAGGUUUUCUCGAAAAAGUACUCUAACUGACCACUAUCAUGUUCACACUGGUGAGAAACCUUAUUCUUGUAGUAUAUGCAACAAGAGUUUUUCACAAAAAAGUGAGCUGACUAAACACAGCCGCGUUCACACUGGUGAGAAACCUUAUUCUUGUAGUAUUUGCAACAAAAGUUUUUCUCGGAAAAAAACUCUAACUAACCACUAUCGUGUUCACACUGGUGAGAAACCUUAUUCUUGUAGUAUAUGCAACAAGCGUUUUUCGAAAAAAGCUAAGCUGACUGAACACAGCCGUGUUCACACUGGUGAGAAUCCUUAUUCUUGUAGUAUUUGCACCAAAAGUUUUUCUCGAAAAAGUAUUCUAACUGACCACUAUCGUGUUCACACUGGUGAGAAACCUUAUUCUUGUACUAUAUGCAACAAGAGUUUUUCGCAAAAAAGUCAUCUGGCAAAGCACAGUCAUGGUCACACUGGUGAGAAACCUUAUUCUUGUAGUAUUUGCAACAAAAGUUUUUCUCGAAAUAGUACUCUAACUAACCACCAUCGUGUUCACACUGGUGGGAAACCUUAUUCUUCUAGUAUAUGCAACAAGAGUUUUUCGAAAAAAGCUAAGCUGACUGAACACAGCCAUGUUCACACUGGUGAGAAACCUUAUUCUUGUAGUAUUUGCACCAAAAGUUUUUCUCGGAAAAGUCAUCUAACUGACCACAAUCGUGUUCACACUGGUGAGAAACCUUAUUCUUGUACUAUAUGCAACAAGAGUUUUUCGCAAAAAAGUCAUCUAACUAUCCACUAUCGUGUUCACACUGGUGAGAAACCUUAUUCUUGUAGUAUAUGCAACAAAAGUUUUUGGCAAAAAAGUCAUCUAACUGAACACAGUCAUGUUCACACUGGUGAGAAACCUUAGUCUUGAGUAUAUGGAACAAUAGUUUUUCGAAAAAAAAGUGAUGUGACUAAACACACUUGUGUUCACACUGGUGAAAAACCUUAUUCUUGUAGUAAAUGCAACGAAAGUUUUUCGCAAAAAAGUGAUCUGACUAAACACAGCCGUGUUCACAGUGGUGAAAAACCUUAUUCUUGUAGUUUAUGUGAUCAGAGUUUUUCAUACAAGAAUCAUCUGACUAAGAAGAGUUGUGUUCACACUGGUGAGAAAUCUUAUUCCUGCAGUAUAUGUAAUAAGAAGUUUUCGCAAUUAAGUAAUUUGACUGAGCAUUUUCGUGUUCAUACUGGUGAGAAUCCUUAUUCCUGUAGUUUGUGUAAUUAGAGUUUUUCACGAAAAAGUUAUCUGACUAAACACAGUCGUGUUCACACUGGUGAGAAACCUUAUUCUUGUGCUGCAUGUAGUAAGAGUUUUUCAUGUAACACCUGAUUCUUGUAGUUAAUUCUUAACCUCCUAUUCACCAUUGACACUGCCCUAAUGUGAAACACCCAGUUCCGAAACCCCUGUUUGGAAAUAUUGACCACGAGUCGAAAAGUGUAUUUUUCAUUAUUUUUGGACCGUCUGUUUCCUAACUGGGGUUUUUUGAACCCGCUGUUAACUUGCACUCCUGUGUUAGAUUUACAGCUUUAUUAAUUGUUAUUGUUUUCAUUUUUCGCUGAUAUUUUUAUAACAAUUUUUCUAUGACAGAAUUAUAAAUAGAUUGCAUUGAGUAAUUAAAUUUGAAUUACUCUUUUACUGGACAAAUGAAAAAUAUGUUAAGCUUUGUUUUCCUAACUGAGUUGUAUGGAUGAGCAAAAGGGUCUAAAUAUUACAGUUGGGAACCGA